AUGGAACAUAAGGCUUUUCAUUCAGAGCAGUCAACAAUUCCCUAUCGCCGAAUUGGUGCUGGCUUUUGUGGUUCCGUCUGGAGCCAGCCAGACCACGACAAGAUCGACUCCGCAUCCACCGCAAUCAAACGCGAGGACGGCGGCCCAGGCCGUUCCUUACACAAUGACUUCACAAUGCACAAAAUAAUUCUCCAAGCUUAUGAAGAGUGCCCAGAUCAGAUUCGAGACUGCUUCUUGGUUCCAAAAUGCUACGAUUUCAUACCGGCAACAUACAGCGGAUGGGGCGCAACAAACGUCAUCAAGCGGUUUCCAGAUAACUAUCUCCCAUGCAACACCUUGAUCACACAGAGAAUCCCACCGAUUCCCAAGAUUGGACGAGACGUACUCAUCAAUAAGUACUGCUCGCCAUCCCUCGCCGAUAACAUUAGUGCCGACGUCAAGAACAGUGAUUGUCUGGUCCGGCCAUACCUAGGCCGUCACAAGUUUGGCCAGCGAGAAUCCAAAGUGCACUUCUUCAGUCUUCGCAACUACCCGCUCCAUAUUGACCAAAUGUCCGAUCUUGACCUGGAUCCUCCCCAAUAUGCCACUGGCAUGGCGAAGGCCCUGGCGUUCAUGCACUGGUCAGCAGGCGUGGAUGCUAAUGACGUGGAAUUUGUUCUUGCACCGGCGCCGAGCCCCGCCACGCCUCGAUUUCAUUCGCAACAACUCGGUAGCCACAACUUGUGGAUCCUUGACUUUGAUUGCUGCAGAAGGAUGCGGAUGGAUCAGGACGGGGUUAUGCAAGCUGCUCAAGCCUUUCUACGGAAUGAUCCCUUCUACCCGCGGCCCGGCAGGGAGAAUACUGAGGACAAGGAACUGUGGAAUCAUUUCAGAAACACUUUCCUCGAAGUAAGCUCGUUUAUCUUGCAAACCGGCAACAAGCCAUAUGAAGAGCUACCUUUGCUUCUGAUGGACACAAUCGAGUCCCUCGUGCAGAAACGCACCGAAAAUCCAUGA